AAUUUGGCUGUCACUCAAAUAAGAGAGUUUCCGUUGGAGCAGACUUUGUUGACAUCUGAGAAGCGAGCACAUUUCUCUCUGUGUAUAUAUCACUCAGAAUAUAUCGUUUAUUGAAAUGGCUUCGAGCUACCGGAAAUCAGCGAGCGCCGCUGGACAAUCCAAGAAAAGGGCUGCUUCUAAAAUCGAUGUAACUGCAGAAAUAAAGCAGGAAAUAAAAGACGCCUUUGAUCUGUUUGAUACUGAUGGGACUGGCGUCAUUGAUGUUAAAGAACUUAAAGUGGCUAUGCGAGCCCUUGGUUUUGAGCCAAAAAAAGAAGAAAUCAAGAAGAUGAUUGCAGAUAUUGAUAAAGAAGGCUCUGGAACAAUUAACUUUGAUGACUUUCUCAACAUGAUGACCGCUAAAAUGAGUGAAAAGGACUCCAAGGAAGAGAUCCUAAAGGCUUUCCGGCUGUUUGACGAUGACUGCACGGGCAAAAUCUCAUUCAAAAAUCUUAAGCGCGUUGCAAAAGAGCUGGGAGAAAAUCUCAGAGAUGAUGAGUUACAGGACAUGAUUGAUGAGGCUGACCGAGAUGGAGACGGAGAAGUCAGCGAGGAAGAAUUUCUGAGAAUAAUGAAAAAGACCAAUUUAUAUUGAAUCUAUCCUAUCUACUAUAUGAAAUAGUGUUCUCUGGUCUUUAUACACUUGCUUUUGAUAUACUCAAUAUUUUUUCACCUGAAGUUGUAAAUAUUUUUAAGUGUGAACCGUACAGAUUUUUAUGAUGCAAGAAAAAUAAAAUUUCAUGGUAUAAA